AUGAGUACCUUGCUACCCGAUGAUCCAAAGUCAAUACCUUCGACGGGAUCGAACAAGUCCGCUUUAAGGAUAGAGACCGGCAAAGACACAUCCACGGUUGCGAGCCAACUUCGACCAGGCUUCUGGCUAAACCCGAAUGAUAGCUCGUCUUCGAUCCCAGAUUCGCCAGCACCCGUGACACCUGACGACCCUCCGACAAUCACAUUGAGCGGCUACGAUUAUCCCUCUACGAAAAAGACCUCAGUGCAGGACCCCAUCGAUUGCUUGAGAGAAAUUGAGCCGGAAUGUACCAAUUGUGCCGUUCUUCCCGAUGCAGGAUCAAAGACCGUAUACUACCUGCGGACGCUGAGGGACACUAUGGAUUACCUUCAGACGGCUCUCGAAGAAGAUCCCGCUUCCCAAGAAAUGCCGCGUAGUCACGGGUUGACUGAAGAACAGAUCAUCGAGGCAAGAAAAGAUCUUAACGUUUACGCCGCGGGUAUCGCCACCAAUGUCUUAGUUACAUACCGAUGGUACAAUUUCGAUCGACCGCCCUCCCGACGAAAUUUGAGACUGGUAAUCGAACGAGCGUUGACCCUAUCUCGUUUCGGUCCUGAUGAUGGUUCCGAAGCUGAGCAACAGGCGAUCUCCUGGUUCAAUUCAGAGAGGGCAAAGAAAGAACGUGCCAGAUUUUGGUCUGUGAUUGAACCUUUUUGGCCCCAUGUGGAGUCUACGAAUGAGGAUGCAGCUAGAUAUGAAACACCAGCGGAGACUGAAACACAUUCCGAUUGA